UUUCUCGACUUAGACCCAUUACAAUCAAAAUGAAGAAGUGAGGUUGAAGAGGGCAUCCAGUGAUCGUCAGCCCUACAGAUGAGAGACCCUUGCAAGCGGCUAGUGCCCGCCCGCGCGGCAGCACGUCACGUCAUUUACGCUAGCAACUCUCCCAGAAGACCCAUUCAUUGCAAGCUCUGAUAUGAAAGCGAAGUCGGUCGUUCUCCAUUUCUCCGUCUUUUAAUCUGGCCAUUGCUGCCCUCUCACUCCUUUUUCCUGUUCCUUCACUAGCCAUCCUUCUCCAUCUCUCCAGAACUACAAUCCCAAAGUCUUCUCCCCUCCCCCCCACAAUCCUUCCUCCAAAUCCACAAUGUCAACCAACAUCACAUGGCACCCCUCGCUGUCGCGCAGUGAGCGCAACAAGUUCCGCAAGCAGCGCGGCCUGACAAUCUGGUUUACCGGUCUCUCUGCCUCUGGCAAAUCCACCAUUGCCACCGCUCUCGAGCAGCACCUUCUCCACCAGGGCCUUGCUGCGUACAGACUCGAUGGGGAUAAUGUUCGGUUUGGGUUGAACAAGGACUUGGGCUUCGACGAGAAGAGCCGCAAUGAGAACAUCAGGCGAAUUGCUGAGGUCGCAAAACUCUUCGCCGACUCCUCCACAAUAACCCUAACCUCGUUCAUCUCGCCGUACAAAGCGGACCGCGAAACCGCGCGCGCGCUGCACGCCGCCCCCGGCGCAGACCCCUCGGACGAACCCCUCCCCUUCGUCGAAGUCUAUGUCGAGAUCCCGCUCGAGGUCGCAGAAGCCCGCGAUCCAAAGGGUCUGUACAAGAAAGCCCGCGAGGGCAAGAUCCCAGAGUUUACGGGCAUCAGCGCGCCGUACGAGGCCCCCGAGAACCCGGAGAUUCUGAUCAAGAGCCACGAGACUAGCGUCGAGGAUGCCGUGAGGCAGAUUAUGCAGUAUCUCCAGGAAAAGGGGUUUUUGGGAUCGGCGUAG